AUGUGUCUAUCUCAUUCAAACGUCUCCUGUAUGACCCACAGCGACGUACGUGUCUAUCUCAUUCAAACGUUUCCUCUGACCCACAGUGAUUCCUGUAUAACCCACAGUGACGUAUGUGUCUAUCUCAUUCAAACGUCUCCUUUGUGA